UAUUUGUAUUCCACUCCACAGCUAUGCGGUGUGCAGUGUGCACUCUGUUCCUAACCUAGCUUGUGAUUGAGUAGAGUACAUGAUUAGUAGGUACUAAUAUUUUCGAUAAACUCACUUAAGAUUUUUUAAUAAAACUUAGUUAUUCAUUGAUAUACAUUUUACAGGAUAAGCAUUAUUUAUUCAAAGGAUAAUGGAGUCUUUUCUUAAAACUGGGAAACUUGGGAAAGAAGAUGUAUCAGCUAAAGCAGGAAUGAGUAAAAUGAAACCAAAGAAAGAGAGCAAGUUAACUCCAUGGGUUGAGAAAUACAGGCCUCGUUCCAUGGAUGAGGUGGUGGAACAACACGAGAUUGUAGCAGUGUUAAAACAGUGCUUGACCGGAGCAGAUCUUCCCCACUUCUUGUUCUAUGGACCUCCAGGCACUGGUAAAACCAGUACAAUAAUUGCUGCCGCUCGCCAGCUAUUUGGCGAUAUUUACAAAGAGAGAAUUCUUGAACUCAACGCAUCUGACGAUCGUGGUAUCCAAGUAAUAAGAGAGAAGGUGAAAAACUUUUCUCAACUGACAGCAAGUUCUGUACGCCCAGAUGGAAGACCGUGUCCACCGUACAAGAUUGUCAUCCUUGAUGAAGCUGAUUCCAUGACAAGUGCGGCCCAAGCUGCACUUCGGCGAACUAUGGAAAAAGAAACUCGUUCUACACGCUUCUGUCUGAUUUGUAAUUAUGUAAGCUGCAUUAUUCAGCCACUCACUUCACGUUGUACAAAAUUUAGAUUUAAACCUUUGGGCCAAGAGAAGAUGUUGGAUAAAUUAAAGGAAAUAUGUGAUGCAGAGGAUGUAAAGUGUGAGCCGGAAGCAAUGAAGUUACUUGUAGAGAUGUCCGGUGGUGACAUGAGACGAGCCAUCACCUGUCUACAGUCGUGUUCUCGGCUCAAAGCUGGAGAUCAAAUAAGCACAAGUGAUGUUUUUGAAGUAACAGGAAUCGUGCCCAAUCACUGGAUUAAGGGAUUGAUGGAAGUUUGUGAAAUUAAGGACUACCAGAAACUCGAAGAUUACAUUGAUAAAAUGAUGAUGGAAGCCUAUUCCGCUUCACAAAUUUUAGAUCAGGUACAGAAAAGUGUUAUUGACUCUUUGGAAUUGACUGAUGUACAGAAGGCCAAUAUUUGUGAAAAAAUUGCUGUAUGCAGCUGGAGACUACAGGAUGGGGCUAGUGAGUUCUUACAGUUGAUGGACUUGUGUUACACGAUCGUCAAGGCUCACAAGUCUGUUACAGUUUAAUUUUAGUUAAAAAAAGAACUGUUAUAGUUUUAAGUUGUGAUUAAAAUAACAAUGUGAUUGAUAAAUGCUUUGCUAAAAAUAAAAAAUUAGGUAUAAUAUUUUCAUAUCGUUUUAAAAGCAUAUCAUUGUAUCUUGUUAAUAGUUAUUAAAAAACCAUAAUGUAUAUAAA